AUGUCUAAAAAAUCUACUCCAAUGACUAAAGAUGCUGCAUCAAGAAUCCAAUCAUCAGCAGCUAAAUCAGGUGGUGAUGUCUCAUCUGGUUCAUUUGCUUCAAGAGCUCAAUCUGCUGCAGCUAUUAACGCAAACAAUACUUCAAACUCAACCGGGAAGAAAUAA